AUGGGCCGGAGAGUUCCCAAGUCUUCUGUUGCAGAAGCCUUCAAGGCACUUCUGCAGGACUUGGUGACCCAGAGCUUUUCUGUGCCAUCUCUCCUGCAGGAAGCCAUGGAGUUCGACAGAGGCGUGGAGAAGAGACCCUCCAGUGUGCCCCAGGUGUCCUGGGUGAAGGAGGAGGAGGAGGAGGAAGGCCCUAGAGUUGCCCCAGCAGAUCAGCCUGAGGAGGUGGAGCAGUCCCAGCGCCUGCAGGAGGAUCCAAGCCAGGACAGCGGUGCAGACACCGACAGCAGGCCCGCUCAGAGCAGGAAUGAUGCUUCCCCUCAGGAUGUUUCUGAGGAGACCGGUGUCUCUGAUCCAAAGCAAGAAGCCAUGGAGUCCGACAGAGGCGUGGAGAAGAGACCCUCCAGUGUGCCCCAAUUGGCCUGCGUGAAGGAGGAGGAAGGCCCUGGAGUUGCCCCAGAACAGCAGCCUGAAGAGGUGGAGCAGUCACAGCCUCUGCAGGAGGGCCGGGUCAGUGUUGCAGACACCGACAGCAGGCCCGCUCAGAGCGUGAAUGAUGCUCCUCCUCGGGAAGUUUCUGAGGAGAACGGUGUCUCUGAUCCAAAGCAAGUUCCAGCCUUCGUCAGGAACGUGCACCAGAGACUGACAGGCAGUGUGACUCCAGAAGAGAAGCUGCUGAUGGAAUUUCUGAGUGUGACUGAUGAACACCCUGCUGAUGCUGUGGUGACCCUCCUGCACUGUGCCCCAUCAUGUGACAGAGCUGCUGCCAUCAUGUGGAGGACCAUCACCUCAUCAGGAAGGACAGUGGUGAAGGUGCUGCCACAGCUGCUCUGUGUGAUGGAGGACUGGCCACUGCACAGCAUGUCCACCUCUGACGGGGACACAAUGGAUGUCUUUGCCCUGGCUGCAACCAUGGUGAUCUGGGACAUUCUGCAGAUGUUCUGGUUCCCAGAGUCUUGGAUAGAGUAUUCCCCCCAUCUCCUCGUGGCUCUGCUCUUCCAAGUUCUCAUCAGCACAGAGCAGAUACCAGAGGAGGUCAACACCUUCUGGAGGGGAUGCCGGGAGCAACACAACCUUCCCACCGAGCCCAACAGGUUUGUGGUGCUGACCCUGAAGGCCCUGCUUUGCCAUCUGGAGUGUGAGGAAGUUGUGGUUUCAAUGGAACGCAAGUGCGGCUGGGACACGCUCCUCAGCGCUGACACCCACCACUACGCCGUGGGUCUGCUGGCCAGGGAGAUGAGCCGUGUCUCCGGCCUCUUGUGUUCCCGGAUCACACUCCACCUGCUGGAGCUGCUGAGCAGGGAGGAGCCCCACUUGGAGGUCCUCAUCGUGGCAUUCCUGGUGGAGGUUUUGGACUGCCUGGACAUGAGUGACUGGGGAGAGAGCAUUCUGCAGAGCCUUUCAAGGCACCUCAGGAGUGAGUGCCCAGAGAGGCGGCACCUGGCGCUCCGAGGCCUCCUGGUGCUCAGCCAGGAUCCUGCGAUGGUUGAUGGUGUGCAGAGCCUGACUCAAAGCCUCCUGGAACUACUGUGGGAUGCAGACGAAGAGCUGGUCAGGAUGGCCCUCUCUGUAUUCCUCAAUCAAGUCCAGGCUAGAGGCAUCCCAAUCUCCACCCCCACUGCCCUGGAUCUGGCUGAGGCACUCCAGACACUCUUGGGCUACGACAACAUCCACGUGCAGCUGCUCUCCACUCGCCUCUUCCGAAAGAUGUUGAAGUUGGUAGUGGAGGAGGGAAAACAACCCCUGCAGACGCACGUGAUCCAGAGCCUGCUGCCACUCUUCUUCCUCUCGCAUGAUGAGAACGAGCACCUGGCAGACGCCUCUUGGGAAGUGCUGAUUCGUGCACUCAGAUUCCUGAAGAGAAGGGAUCUCAAGAACCUGCUGGAGGCGGACAAGCCGUGGCGGUUCUGCAACUGCCUGGUGGAAAGCGAGAAGAAACGAGUGGUGGAGUUCAUGUGGCAGGCCCUGCCAUACCUGGAGAGCCCACAGGAGCCCCUGCAAGAGUUGGCCCUCAGGUUCAUUGGGAUCGCCGCCAAGUACCUGAGAAAGGGGCAGGAGGAGGAUGAGCUCAUCAUAGAGGUCAUCAUUGACACCCUUCAAGGCAUGACUGCUGACAGCCCUGCCAUCUCAAGGCGUGCAGCUGAAACCUUGAAAAUCAUCAGGGAUAUCCAGAAAUCAAAACCUAAACCGACACCGAAAUCUAAAUCCACCAGAUUCCGGUAGCCUCCAUUCCUCUCUGUUCCAGCCCUUAGAGGAAUGACCAAUGACCUCAGACUCGCCAUCGCAGGCCUGGCCAUUCAAAACUAUACAUGCUAAGAGCUGUACAAACAGCUCCCUGCUCCAAACUCCAGCAGCUCCAAGACUGGCUCUGAAGAGGAAAAUGCCUCUUUUCUGCAAGGAUGGCCUUUUACACCAGUGUGGGACUAACAAAUACAUCUAUACAUCUUAUGAAA